AAUAAAUUCAUAUGACGGUUUCGGCUGAGAGUUACUUAGAGAGUCAAUAACUAAAUGAUAAUAUAUUUUGAUAUUAAUAUACUUUAUAGUGCAUUUACAAUAAAUUCAUUGGUAAUCACAAGUUUUGCUAAAAACUCAACCCGCAGAGAUUGUUUCGUUAGUUUGAGUUUAAUCUCAUAUUGAAGAAGAUGCAAUUUUUGCUGCGCGGUACACUUUUAUUAGCAUUUUUUGCUGUAACUAUUCACGGUUAUGCCUACACCGGAACAUUUUCCGAUCCAAGAUAUCCUGGUAAAUGUGUUAUAAAAAAUCGUGUUUUGUCACCUGGAGAAGUAUAUAAGUCAAGAGAUAUUUGUGAGACUUGGGAAUGUUACGAUGCAAAAGGGAGCGGUUGGGUUAAUGGGUGUGGUGUAGCAGUUCCUGGAAUUCCAAAUUGUGAGUUAGAGCCUUAUGAUACUCGUAAUAAACUACAUCCCGAGUGUUGUCCGGGACCCCCUUCAUGCAAAAAGGGUUGAGUGUCAUGCUAUAAACUCUCAAGACUUGUAAAUAGAGAUGGUAAUAAAACAAAUGUUGAAGUUAAUAAAAGAUAUGAUAUGAA